GACAGACAUAAAGUUUUGAGUGAGUUUAGAGAGAUUUGCGUAAAGAAGAGAAGAGGGAAGAGGAGAGAGUCCCCCCACAUGAGGGCGAGAUCUGACUGAACUUCAUUCUGCCAUUCACACAAUAUGAAGAAAUGUCUGAGGAGACAGAGUUGGAUGUGAGAGGCGGUGUGGUGUGGAGAGAACAAGAUCGAGAGAGGGCACGCGAGUCCACGGCCAGAGCCAGCAGCAGGAGCAGCAGCAGCGGUGCAGGGGGAGGAGGAGGAGAAGGAGAAAGCUCCAUGCAGUUCAGCACCAGACCGGCCAGCGCCGAGCCGGGCUUCAUGGGGACAUGGACACAGCAGAGCACUGACAGCAACCUCCUUUUCAGAAUGUCCCAGCAGGCCAUCCGCUGUACUCUGGUAAACUGCACAUGUGAGUGUUUCCAGCCUGGAAAAAUCCACCUCCGGACAUGUGACCAUUGCAAGCAUGGAUGGGUCGCUCAUGCUCUAGACAAGCUGAGCACACAGCAUCUGUACCACCCAACACAGGUGGAGAUCGUGCAGUCCAAUGUGGUGUUUGACAUUAGCAGUCUGAUGCUGUAUGGGACUCAGGCAGUACCUGUGAGGUUGAAGAUACUGCUGGACCGUCUGUUCAGCGUCCUCAAACAAGAAGAGGUUCUGCACAUCCUCCAUGGCCUGGCUGGACCCUGAGAGACUACGUUAGAGGCUACAUACUACAGGUAAAUUAAAACAUAAAAGACAAAUCAACAUACAAAAAUGUAUGUAGCAUUAAGUAGAUAACAUACCUGAGGCCAUUUAAAAAAGGAACACACAAUCACUCAGAAACACAUAUACCAUUAAU